AUGGCUUACACCAGCGCAAAGUCCGACAAGGUGCUAUCUCCGAUAGGCCUUGCCCACGUUGUUCUACGAACAGCCAACUACAAAGCAAUGGUGGCAUUUUACAAAGCAUUUCUCGGAGCUCAUGCCACUUUUGAAAAUGAUCAGCUCACGUUUCUGACGUAUGACGAAGAACACCAUCGCAUUGCUAUAGGAUACAUCCCGGGAACGUCGGAGAAGGUUCCCACUUCUUCGGGGUUGGAACACAUCGCUUUCCAAUUCGCUACUCUGGGUGAUCUUAUGCAAUCAUACGAACAGCGUAAGGCGAAGGGCAUCCUACCAAUUUGGUGCGUCAAUCACGGCCCAACAACCAGCAUCUACUAUCAGGACCCGGAUGGCAAUCAGCUCGAGACUCAGGUGGACAAUUUCGACACUGUUGACGAGGCCAGUGAAUUCAUGGCAUCGUCGGAGUACGCAGUGAACCCUAUUGGCGUUGAUUUUGAUCCGCUGGAGACGAUUCGCAAGUUGCGAAAUGGAGAUGACGAAGUAGCGAUGAAAAAGAGGGCGGAUAUCGGCCCCAGAGGAUUUGAUACGAUCCCAACACCGCCUGCUAGGGAUCUUAGGGAGCGUUAUGAUGUCGUUGAGAGUGUUUCCUGA